AUGAAGGCCUUGACAGAUGAUGAAUUAAGAAAUGAACUGAAAGCAAAUGGCAUUGAACCGGGACCUCUUACUCCAUCUACUCGGGAGGUAUAUGAAAGAAAGCUUCAGCGGAUACUCGAUGGUGGUAAAUCUUGUCCCAGGAAUAGACCGACUGUUCAUCCCUCUCCGGCUGCUGGUACUGAAUCUUUGAAAGUUGAAGAAAUUUCAGUUCGUCCAGCACCUCGAAUUUCAAUUGGUCGAACUGCAAUAGUGAAUCCAACUAUAUUUGCCCCUCCAGCAUCUACGUAUGUUUCAAAUUAUCGGGAUCGUACUCUAAAUGAGUCACAAGAAAACCCAGGCCAUACACCCACGUCUGGACUUCGAUCUCCUCUAAAACCAGUCAAUGGUGAUGAUAUCUAUUCAUCUACACCUUCGGGAGAGUUAGACCCACAUUAUCGACCAAACAGCUCAUUAUCAACACAUCAAUCGAGAGGACCAUAUUCUUCAACGCCCCGUCAGUCCCUUUCACGAAAUGAAAUGGACACCCCAUCCUCUCAAUCCCGCGAUCGUUCAUUUUGGGCCAGUUGGUUUCAGCCCGCCAACAUAAAUUCAGGUGUUAUGUCUGAUGAAAGUAAUCUGAAUACCGAGGAGAUUGUUCAUAGGGCAUCGAAUUCAUACACUUUUCAUCCUAGGAGGGAAGGAGAAACUAUAGAUAGAUCAUUUUCUGCACGAAUUCUUGGUCAUUCCAUUGGAAAUCAAGUUCCGAAUGUUAUCCUCUUUUGUGGGAUAACCUUGAUUAUCGUUAUUGCUUCAAGCUACCUCCUAUUGAAAGAUAAACACAGUAAUGUUGGCAAAAUUGCCGAUAUUCAAAAGAUAGUUUGCCCUACUAUGGAUAAUGCGGGUCACAGUGUUAGUGCAGAGGUCGGAAGUCGUCAGUGUCUCAGUAGUCAAGAUUUACCUACCGUUUUGAAGAUUGCUCAUACGCUCUUUGAUAUUCUCAGUCGAUUUGCAGGUGAGCAUAUCUGUGGAGACUCUGUAGAGAGCACUAGAAUGGAAAUUAGAACAGCCAAACGUCUGGUUGAAAAUGCUGUCACUUCUCUAUCUUCUGAAUCUUUGUCGUUUUAUCAAGUGGACUUAAGCUUUCACGACGUGAACGAAUUGGAGAGCCUGCGUCCCUACAUCCCUGGCAAAUGUCGACUUCGUAUUCUCUUCACCUCAAUUUUACACUUUUUGCAAAAUCUCCUCUGGCUUAUCGUCAUUUUAACUGCAGUGGGAUGUUUUUGCUAUGUUGUUUAUCGCGCCAAACAAUCUCAACUCAAUCGUGCUAAGCGUCGCAGUAAGCGUGUUCAGGAGAUCGUUAGAGAAGUUUCCUGUAUUUUGCAACAACAAAUCGAGCGUUCUCAAGCCAACCGAUCUGAGGCACCACAUGUACCUGUAACAGUGCUCAAAGCUAAACUUCGACAAACGAAUUCAGACUUGGAGGAUCUCUGGUCCGAUGUGGAGCGAUACGUGCAUUUAGUGGAAAGGAAUAUAGCUGUGGGCGAUUGGCGAGGUCUUGGGGAGACUUGGCAAUGGCAUGCAGGAUCAGGUUGGCAAGGAUCGGCUGUUUCUGAUCAUUCUCAGCGCCUACCGUUCAAGGAACCUCCUACACAAUGCUUGAAAAUUCGAAAUAUGUUCAAAGCUGAUUCACCCGAUGUAAAUCCUCUGCGUCUUAAACGUGAACUUCUUCAUCGUGUAAAUGGUUGUGGAGAUAUCCUACAUAUUGGAUUAGAUAGUUCAGAAGAACAGGGUCUUGUUUACAUAAAAUGUGCUUCUCCAGCGGUUGCUGGUAGGGUAUUCGGGGCGAUCAAUGCCAACUAUUUCGACGGUCAUAUGCUGACAGUUAAGUUUCUGCGACCGGCAAGGUAUCACUCGCGCUUUCCGGAUGCGAUCAAUAUCAACGUUCCACUCAAUGUCGGGGAUCUUGAGUAG